GCAACGCUCUACGUCACUGCAAAUGUUUUGUUUUAUUUAGCGGGUUUUUUGUACUAUCUGAAAACCGCCCCGCCAUGAAAAUCCUUUGCGAGGUCCAGGUGGUGAACCGCACCACCCAGGCGAACAGGACGCCGCGACCCGUGAAAUCCACCCUGGCCAUUGGCUACAAGCAGAGCGCCAGGGACUCGAAUGGGAACACCAAGAAGGAGCUGGAAAUGGUCCUCUUCAGCGGGCAAAACAAGACGGGCCACCGCUACAAGGUCAAGGACAACAUCCACGCCGUCCACACCAAGUUUGUGCUCGACGGCAAGGCCACCAUUGGCUUCCUACAGCCGGCGGAGAACCUGCUUAUCAAGUGCGAUCCCAUUCAGCUGAAGGGAUUCCUACAGACCCUUAAGCUGGGCAUGGACGGCAAGGACGCCAUCAAUCUGAGACUGAACAUCGCCUCCGCCACUGCCAUACCCCAGAAGGCGCAGCCCCAGGUGCGCAUGGUGGUGAGCAAGCGGAGCGAGUACCCCAUCAAGGGAUUUCCGCGCACGCUCAAGUCCCUGACCAUCAACAACAGCCAGCUGGUGAAGCUCAGCUUCGAGGUGUGCUCCCUGCGGAACCUCACAAAGCUGGAUGUCAGCGGCAACAAGCUGACCAAGAUUCCCUCGGAGUUGGGUCGUUUGGCCCUGACGUCCCUAAACCUGAGCAGCAACAGUCUGGGUGAACUCAACGACUGGUGCUGGCUACGGGGCACUAAGCUUAGACAGACUCUCGGCGAGCUGGACCUCUCGAGCAACGGACUGACUUACUUUCCCCCUCCGCUGGUAAAGUUUGAAAGCCUAGUUUCGUUGAACCUCAACCACAAUCAGAUUAGUCGUCUGCCCUUCGGCAUCCGUCGGCUGCAAGCACUGCGGAAACUGUACGUGUGCAGCAACAAACUAGAGUCCCUGCCGGCUGCCAUCGAGGAUCUGCAUGUAGACCUGUUGGAUGUGUGGGGUAAUUGCUUCAAGUCCUUCAAUGCAGAGGCCGACCAGCAGUUGUCUAGGCAAAAGGCGACCGCAAACUCACCACAUCCCUUGUGGCUACAGGCCGCCCGAGCCGUGGACAACUAUAAGCUUCCUUUGCCGGCGGGCUCCGUGCCCGCUAUACUCAUCGAACUGAUCUGUGAAGCACCCAAGUGCCUGUGCGGCAAGCUCUGCUACGCUCUUAACAAGGAGGAUAUUUUCCAGCGAGUCACAAUGCCAAAAUUCACCAACAUCAAGAACCUCACAUACAGCCGCGAACACCAGAUAUACGCGGAUGUUGUCCUUUGCAGCCCCAGUUGCAGUGUUUCGGUGCACCGGUGCAUCGGUAUUUUCAGCAUCAAGUUUCCUUGAUUAAUUGAUUAGGUCUAAGUCAUGUUAAGCCAACGUUUAAUUUAUAUUGUUUGCGUACUUUCAUUACUGGGUUACUUAAUCUUAUUUAAGUUUACUUAUUUAUAUAUAUUUGCAACAUGGUGAUGUUCUAUCAUACACAAUUAUGUUUUCAUUCCCCCAUAAAUUAUCUUGUUACACUUAAACUGCCAAUAAAAGCGAAUUUAAAAUAGUUAAGGUA